UAACAAACAUGUAGCCGAGGUCUCCAUCGAGCAGUGGCCAGGGCGGAAAGAGAAGGUCCUAUUUUUAGGGCUGUGGCUGUAUGCUGCGAGUUGUAUGCAUCUGUCCACCAACUGGUGAUUUGCUGUCCUGCAAAAUCUCCAAUCACUCCACUUCUAAAGUUACUCCCCGCCUGCACUGCACUGCACAAUGAAUGCAUCGAGUCUCAGGAUUUCCCAUGCCAGCCAUGCAAAUCACCAUCUGAAUCGGGUGGGCAGGGGGAUCAUCAUCCAAUGACGCGACGUCAUGCCCUACGAGACUGCCGAUAAUGCCCCCUUUUUGUGUGGGCUUGGUCAGUGCUCUCAGCGCCCUCGUGUUUUGGCUUAGACGCGAUGGUGGAUCUGGCGCCUGGGGAGCAGCAGCAUGGACAACAUAAUAAGAAGUCGUCGCCAUGUCUCCUCCGCCGCGUCGCCCUGACCCUGCAUCCUGACCACUUCCCACCAUGCCGGUGAUCGCCAACACCCCCGAAGCACUCAUCGCCCGCACCGAUUCCUGCGACCCGGAGACGACAUGUCAAGGGCUGACCAACAGCGGCAAGCCAUGCCGGCGCGCACUCGGCGAUCCCACCGACCGAUACUGCUGGCAGCAUAAGGACCAAGCUGCCACCGAGUCGCCCGGGACGAGCACGCCGUCCGCCAUGAACCCCAACAAGCCGCGGACGAGCAUCGACACCCUGCUGGACCGGAUCGGGAUCCUCAACAUCAACGACGGGGCGUCGGAGAAAUGGCGACCGUCGCGCCCCACCACCAGCAGCAACAAACCGCCGAAGCGACAGAAGAAACGCACCAUCUGCUGCUGCUUCGAGGUGAUCGAGGAGGAGGAGAUCCGGCCGCCCAGGCCCGUCUCCGCGCGGCCGCCCUCCCAAGCGGCUGCCCCGGGCCCCGUCCCGCAGGCCAACCUGCUCUCGCCCAACAGCCAGAUCCCGACGCGGCCAUCCGCGCAGACCUCCUCCCACUACUCCUCCACCUCGUCCGGGAUCCCCGAAUCCUGGAUCCCCGCCGACCUCAGCGCGGAGGCGGCCUCGACGCUGGCCUCCGAGCUCGACAAGCCGAUCUCCGAACGCGACGAACCGGGCUACAUCUACAUGUUCUGGCUGACGCCGGAGGAGACCACAGGGAAUGGGGGAGGAGCGCGCGGUCCGCCGCCGGCCGAGGUCGCCAGCUCGCUGUUGCCACACCACCACAAGUCGAGUGGCGGCGGCGCGCGCGACCGCGCCGUCAGCGACGCGAUCCGCACGGCGCGAGAUCUCCGGGCGUUGACCUCGGCGCCCAGCGCCACCAGCCCCGGCACGAUCCGGCUGAAGAUCGGGCGGGCCAACAACGUCCAGCGCCGGUUGAACGAAUGGUCGCGCCAGUGCGGCCACCACGUCACCCUGAUCCGGUACUACCCCUACACGCCGUCGACGCCGCAGCCGUCCCCGGCGCGGUUUGGUGGGGGGACUGUGCACGACAACGCCGCCCUCGAGCCGGGCCGGAAGGUGCCCUUCGUCCACCGCGUCGAGCGGCUGAUCCACCUGGAGCUGGGGGAUGUGCGGGUCCGCGACAUGGGCAAGUGUCCGGAGUGCGGGCGGGAGCACAAGGAAUGGUUCGAGGUGACGGCGGAGAAGAGCUCGCUGAAGCGGGUGGAUGACUGCAUCCGGCGCUGGGUGAAAUGGGCGGAGGUGCAGGAGAAGCAGAACCGGUAGGGUAGGCCAGCCCGUAGCUAUCACGGUGGUAUACGUGAGUCUGCAGCGUUGACCGGUCAUUAUCAUCAAUAUCAUUAUACCCCGACACGCACCCAUAGAACCGAAACACAACCAACAGUACACCUCGCUAAGCAGCGCAACCUGAUAUCGAUAUCUGUUGAAGACGCAAGCAUCCCACAAUAGAAAGCAUCAAUUUUCCAUCGCAUCGUAUCGCAAGCAAUCCUAGACUC